AUGACGGCCUACCCGUUUCUUCAGUUAGCGAUAGAAACAGCAGAGGGAGAGUCCGCCAGUUCGAAUACGGAGCAAGAAGAGUUAACAAGUACCUUGGCCGCAGCAGAAGAGCGCCUGUGUACCUUAGCGGCUGAGCUGGAGGCUUUAAAGAUGGCAACAACACAGGCAGAGGGAGACACCGAAGUGUCCGACAAGGCUCGUGACGAUCUUAACGCGUCAUUGGUCGCAGCGGAAAAGCGGGUGAGCGUCUUAGAGGCUGAGCUGGAAGCUUCAAAGACUGCUGUGAGCGAGUUGGAGUCGGAAAAACAGAAUAUGGGACAGCGCCUGUCUGAGCUAGAGACCACAAUCGCUGACACCACAGGGCUUUUGACUGAUGCGAAGACCGCUGUUGCGGAUUUAGAGGCGGAAAAACAGGCGGUGCAGCAGCAGUUAACAUCACUUGAAACAGAGAAGGUUGAGUGGACGGAGACAGUCGCCGAUGCGAAGGUAUCGAACUGUGUGGCUGCCUGGAGAGGCUGUGGUGUGAAGAAGCGCAUGUUUCACUAUAGUUGUGCUAACGGACGGGGCAGAGUUGUUGAUGACAGUUAUAAGAAAUAUGGCCGUUGCCUACAUCUGAACAUUCAUCAACACACGAACCUUGUUGCUAUACUUAUAAUCAUAUGA